UUCCCCCCUCUCACCCCACCCACUCCCCGUCGAGAUGGCCCUCAAAGCCGCCGUCUCCGUCACCCAGCUGCCGUCGCCUCCCCUCCGCCGCCUCCUCUCCUCCUCCUCAAGGACGGCGGUCCGCAGGCUCGCGAGGGUUUCCGCGGCGAUGGCGGCGACGGCGGUGCAGCCGGCCGUGGUGGUCGGCGGAGGACGCGUGGGCCAGGCGCUGCUGUCCAUGGGCCCGCCGGGAAGGGACGUGCUCGUCGGCCGCGGCGAGAAGGUGCCCGACGACGCGCCCGGGCCGAUACUCGUGUGCACGCGCAACGACGACCUCGACGCCGUGCUCGAGUCCACCCCCAAGUCGCGCUGGCGCGAUUUGGUGUUUUUCCAGAAUGGGAUGCUGGAUCCGUGGUUCGAGAGCAAGGGGCUAGUGGAUGCAAACCAGGUCUUGGCCUACUUCGCCGUGUCCAAACUCGGGGAGCCACCAGUCGAUGGGAUUACUGACACCAAUCCAGACGGACUUACCGCUGCAUUUGGCAGCUGGGCUCCUGCUGUGGCAGCCCGCCUGCAAAAUGGCGGACUUACCUGCAAGGUGCUUGAAAAGGAAGCCUUUCAGAAGCAAAUGCUAGAGAAGUUGAUAUGGAUUUCAGCUUUCAUGCUUGUUGGUGCUCGGCAUCCAGGGGCUACUGUCGGUGUGGUGGAAAAAGACUACCGAGCUGAGGUUGCGAGCCUGAUUGCUGAAUUAGCGUCUGCUGCAGCUGCAGAGAGGGGGCUUACAUUUGAUGAAGGUAUAGAAGAGCGGCUCUGUGCAUACUCAAGAGCUGUGGCACACUUCCCUACUGCUGUGAAAGAGUUCAAAUGGAGGAAUGGUUGGUUUUACUCUCUCACCGAGAAGGCACUUGCAGCAGGAAAGCCAGAUCCUUGCCCACUCCACACAGCUUGGCUAAAGGAGAUUAAGGUCAUAUAAAAAGUAGUCAUGUACAUGAGGCACAGAUCCACAGGACAGUAGGUGCUAUACUGCUAUCUAUAUAGAGAAUUGCAUGCACCUUCAGUUACUUUUGAAUUGGGUGUUUUCUCCUGUUACACUUGUAACUUCCAUGUCACCUGUGUCAUAAAUAAAACCUUUGUGUGUAAAAGUUUAGCACUAAACUACGCUGUUGUGAUGGCCAAUGCAAUUAUUCUGAAUUAUGAUAGCCA